AUGGAACCGUUCCCUAUUGUUGUUGUUGAUGGUUUACCCGAGCAGGUCACAGCUGAUUGUGGUGUUUUUGUAGCAUCAUUUGCUGAGUAUUUCAUUGAUGGCAAACCCAUCCCAUCCUCUGGUUUUGAUGUGGAAAUUCACCGCGAUCGUUUGGCUGCGUUAUUUUAUCAAUAUGACAUGAAGAAGCAAACUGAGAACAUUGAAAUAUUAAAAACACAAACUGUUUCAAUAAUACUAACAACUGCAUCUAUUGUUGAUGCAACAAUUGCAUCUGCAGUUAAAGCUGUGGAGAAUUUGAUUGGUUCCUCAACUCAUGUCCCUGAUUCUGUUGAGACUUCUGAGAAGACUGAUCUUGAAAUGGUUGUUUUUCAAGAGACUCCUAUUUUACGUUCUCAAAAGAGGGAUCGGAAGAAAGGAGCUGUUUUGAAAUCUCCAUUCAUUGAGCUUGCUUCUGGUGCAUCUAAAUCAGGUUCAUCCUCAGUUUCUCCUGAUGAUUCUGUGUAUAAGGUCGUUAAAUAUGUGCGGGGUUUGUGCCCAUUGGACAACAAGAUUGGUGAACCUGUCGAUCCGCAAUUGGAAGCUGAGUUUGUCACGUGGGUUGAUACAGGUCUUAGAAAGCAUAAAUCUAACACAACAACUAAUGUGUAUUGUAAGGGUAAGGACACAAUAUUUCCGCCUUUUCGUUUUGGUGUUGAGGACAUUAACAACAAGAUGUGGUUUCACAACCUUGCCUACCCUAAUUGUUUCCUUACCAAUUCUCACAUUGACAUUAUUUUCUAUUAUCUUCGUAAGAAAAUAAUGUACUCAGCCGAGCCGAAAAUCAAAGUCACCACAACUGAUUGCCUCUUUUGUUCUAGCAUAACAAGUUUGUAUGAGAAGUUUGUUGAGAAAAACAACGAUAUAUCGGUGUUGUCUCUUUCUCACAAUGUGGCCCAGUACAUUCAAGGAUCAUUGGAUUUGUGGUCGUCUAAACAUAGCUGA